AUGACUGCUGUCAUUGUUAAACCUUUGCAGAUAGAACCUGAUGAUAUUACUUUGACUGUUGAAGCUAAGGAUUAUAUAGACCAAGAUAAUACAGAAGCUGUUUUUUUUAUUAGUAGUGAAUUCAUGAUCGUUGAUGAUACUUAUAUGGUUCAUUUUCGUAGCAUUAACUUCGUUGAAUAUCAAAAAUCAAGUUUAAAUAAU